AUGCAUCUAUGUGAACGACAAUCUAAUCUAACUCGGAGGGCAUGCUGUCAACUAGUCUUAUUGUUGAAUGACACCACGAAGGUUCCCUUCUGUAAUGAACUGCUCACGCAAAAUUACAGCGAUUACACGUUCUAUUCACCUCCAGUAUUUUUGGAUGAACCUAUGGAAGUACGAGAAGAUCAUGUGACAUUUCUACUUGGUAUUAUGGUGCUUAUGUUGGUCGCAUGUGGUUGCAUAUUUACACUCAGUCGUCUCACAAAACCUAGGUUUCGCAUAAAUUAUGGAAGUAUUUCAAAUUAUGACUUUAUGAUGUGGAUGCCUUCAAAAGCAAAUAGAAGAUCCUCAGUAAUGGUGCUAUUAAGAGGUAUGACCUGUCGACGGACACCAAAUAAUCGCAGUUCUAACAUAAGUGUGGUCUCUUCAAAUAUUGGGCUACUGCCAUCAUAUCAAACCGCCACCUCUACCCCGACAUCUGCUCUAUCAACCUUUCCUCCACCACCAUACGCGGAAACGCAAAGGCUUACCGAAGAAAAUCACUCUCUUUGA